CUCCACUACAUCUAUCAAUCACUAACCUCAAACAACAACAUACCCAUUUCAACAGAAAAACAAAUCAUAAGAAACAUAUCAAGAAAAAGAAAGGAAGAUGGUCUGCUCCAAAUGCGCCAAAAAGCUCAAAUCCACCCAACUCGCCACUCCGGACGUCAAGCGCCGGAGCGAGAUGUAUUAUGGGAGUAGCAGCACCAACACCGGUAGUAAUGACAAGACCAAGGGGAAGGCUACGCUGGGGAGUACUGGCAUUGGAAAGAACAAACUCCUCUCCGCCAAAGCCAAAAACCCCUACGCGGCAUACGCCUCGUCCUGCUCUCAGUGCAAGACCAAGACCGAACAGGGGAGGAAGUUUUGUCAGCGGUGUGCAUAUCAGAAGAAUGCCUGCCCUAUGUGUGGAAAAAGUCUAGCUGAGAAGGCUGCGACUGCUACGGCUAAAGGGCAGAAGCCGGUUGUUCAGGGGCAGAAAUUCAAUCUGAGUUGACAUUUUUUUUAUUCUUUGGUUGAUGUUGAUUCUUUCUUGACUAUUUUCCUUUGGUUAAUGCUGUUACCUGUCUAUCAAAGCACGGCGUUAGGUUCUAAA